UUUUCGAUGAUUCUCGUGUCAAGAGCCAACGUGUGAGGAGUCAUCGAAUUUUGACGAAUUUUAUAUUAAUUAUAAAUUUAAUUUAUUUGGAUUGUGAUACAAAGUGUCUUUGUUGUGUAUUUUAUUUUAGACGAUUCUUUUAUUGAAUUAAAAUUUACGUUAAAAGAGCACGAUUUUAUCAUUUAAAAAAAAAAAUGCAAUCUUCCCAACACUGUCCCGAGGCGUACAUGGACCAGGAAAUACAUGUGGAUUAUUUGGAAGAACACUUAAACGAAAUUGCCAAAAAGUUGAAUAUCGAAAGACCACGUUUUAGAGUGACACGAGGAGCAAAAGUGGGACAGUAUUUUAUAGGGGAUAUUUUUCGUGUGAUCGUCAAGGGAUCGCGGGAUGAAAAAAUAUGCGAAAUUCACGUGAUAUUGAAAUGUGCACCGCGCGAUCCAACGCGACAAGAAGCGAUGGACUCGACACCGAUUUUUCCACGAGAAAUAAUGUUUUAUCAAGAAAUAGUACCGAUUUUCGUAAAUCUGCUAAAGGAGUACGACAUGGUUUUGGAAAAUAUACCAAAAUUUUAUGGCGCAAGCGCAAUUCAGACGAGAGAGAUUAUAUUUAUGGAGGAUUUGAGUGAAAAAAAUUACACCUGUCGCGAUCGUCUCAAACUAUUGGAUUAUUCUCAUGCGUCUCUGGUCAUGCGAGAGCUCGGUCGUUUGCAUGCGUACAGUUUUGCGCUGCGCGAGAAAAAGCCUGAAAUUUUUCAAAAAUUCAAAAAAAUCCACGACGUAUUGUUCACGGUCAAUUCACACGGUACCGACGUGUUUUUGAAUCGGUUGCGCGAACUUCAGAGAAUCGCAUUGAAGAGUAUAAAGCAAGAGGGAAACAUUUACGCUAAGAGAAUUCGAAAGUUUACUUCGAGUUUUUGGGAAAAAAUGUCCAACGCUUGCAACGGGAACCUCGUAGAACCAUAUGCAGUGAUUUGCCACGGGGACGCGUGGACCAAUAAUUUCAUGUUUAAGUACGAAGAUGAGCCAAAGAAGAAACCGAUAUCGAUGUACUUUUUGGAUUUUCAAAUGUGCCGCUACGCAACGCCCGUCACUGAUUUGACGUACACAUUGUUUUGCUGCUGCAACCAAGAGACCAGAGCUCGAUACUACAAACAACUGUUGUCAGAUUAUCAUCGCUCGUUGUCCGAUUUUUUAACAAGAUUCGGCUGCGAUCCCGAACUUUUAUUUCCCUAUGACGAAUUGACAAAGCAGCUUCGGAAAUUUGGUUAUUUCGGCCUGGGCAUGGCCAUCUUCACUUUGCACGUUUUUACAAAGGUGGACGCCGACGUUAACACGGUAUCAAAAACGCACAAGGAUGUCGUAGAAGCCGAGGAAAGAUUGGACACUGAUAUCCUGUACAAAAGUAUGCUGGUCGGUGCGCUGGUGGACGCUGUCGACAUGGGUUAUAUCUCAAGCAUGGCGACGGAUAUAUCGCAGGAGCAUCGAAAGAGUGAGCGCGAAAAUGAGCUUUUGGAGGAAUUGAAGAAAAUAGCAAAAAACGUUAAUUACGCGAAUCCACGUUUCCACGUGUCCCCGGGCUCGGCGAAGGGAGACAACAUAUUUGGCGACAUAUAUCGCACGACGAUCGAGGGAGAGAAGGACGGAAAAUUGGAAAAAUCAUGCUCGAUCAUAAAGUGCGUCCCUGAAUUACAAUAUCUAGAGGAAGUAAUUAAAGUGUCCACGGUGUUUCAGCGUGAAAUAAUGUUUUAUCGAGAGAUCGUGCCAAUAUUCAAAAAAUUAUUGCAAGAACACGAUUUCGAAUUGGAGAGUAUACCAAAAUUUUACGGUGCCGACGACACCCCGAAUAAGCAGAUCAUCAUCCUCGAGGAUUUACGCGAAAAACAAUACGAGCUUCGCGAUCGCCUUAAGCUUCUCGACUAUCCGCACGCUUAUUUGGCCCUUCGGGGUCUUGGUCGCUUUCAUGCGUACAGUUUUGCAUUGCGCGACAAGCAUCCAGAAAUUUUCAAAAAAAUUCAAUCCAUCGAAGAUACGAUGAGUGAAGCAAUAAAGAAUCCUACCGAACUGAUGACGAAAUUUCAGGAAGGAAUCACGGCUCUCGCAUUGAAGAGCAUAAGUCACAAGGACCCGUAUUAUGUUCAAAGAGUAGAAACAUUUUUGGAAAAUAUACUACCGAAAUUAAUCGAGGCUUCCGACGGCAGCUUUGCUGAACCCUAUGCGGUUUUAUGUCACGGGGACGCGUGGACGAACAAUUUUUUGUUCAAAUACGACGACGAGGCGAAAACCAAUCCGACGUCGAUGUACCUUUUGGAUUUUCAAAUGUGUCGAUACGCGUCGCCAAUCAUCGAUAUCAUGUACACUCUGUUCUGUUGCUGCAGCCAAGAAACAAGACGCGAGCAUUACGAACAAUUGCUGCAGGAUUAUCACGAAUCGCUGUCCAGUUUUUUGCAGCAAUUGGGAUGCGAUCCGGAAGUUUUGUUUCCUUAUGAGAUAUUUCAGCAACAAGUUAAAAAGUACGGUUAUUACGGGCCGACAAUGGCGCUGUUUACUCUCCAUGGGCAAACCGACGCCACCGGUGAGUUUGGGAAUAUGAUGGACGUGAAUUUCUGUAAAAAACUCGAAAAGAGACUGGAGACCGAUCGAUUAUUCAAAAACAUGAUGGCCUCUGCGUUCAUAGACGCCGUUGACAAGAAUUACAUAUGAUUUUAAAAGUGACACCGUUAAAAAAAAAUAUUUCUGUAUUUUCUUCAAUCUACACAUAACUCACGCUUAACCAUAUACGAUCCAACUUGUACAUGAUUUCGCAUUUUUGUUCCUUAUAUCAGUAACCUCAUCGACAGUUCGUAUGCGAAGAUAAGGUAUGGAAAAAUUGUCAUUCUCGCCUUACGUAUUAUCAGUUCGGAGAUCCAUCACAUCGUCAUCCUUAUCAGCGAUAUAAGGAUUAUACAUUAAUUACCUUAGAUAUAUGUAUACAUAUAUGUAUAUAUCAAUGUUAUGAAAUAUCAGAUACAUCUAUCAGAAUA